GGCUGGUGCAGGCGUAGCGUGCUCAGUGUGGCAUUGACUAGCGUGGUGGACGGUUGCACUCGCUCGCUCUAGCCCGUGGUGGUCGCUGCUCUCGUGUUGUCAUCAUCAUCUGCACUGGACCGGCUGCUCUCGCUCCCUCCCCCGUCAUGCCACAAGACUCUUGCUUCAGUUUCACCUUACUCUUGCCUACUCUCGCCUUCUCCCGAGCUCUCUCUCACGCUAUAAUAGUUCUCGGUUAAGGAGUCCAUCGUCUAGCUUGGCCCUUACUAAUUCAUCUGGAGAUUAGCGUAAGAUCCGCCACAACUUGCUCCGGAGUCUAACGGUCUGUGUGGAGGUAACGUGUUGUGGCUUCACCGACCAGUGUGCCAGACCUCACCGCUCUGCCCCACGCCCACCUCCAUCCUCCAGGCACACAGUGCCAUCUGAGGCACCGUCGGCCACCCAGGUCAUCGUGUCCUGGUUCACUCAUGCUUGUGUGAGAGUGUUACCAUCUUAUCCAGCGCGAGGCCCAAGCUGUGUAUACAUCAUUACUGCCACACCUGCCACAGUCACAGCCAGCCCUGCAGAAUGCAAGGUGUGGUAUGGGUAUCCGUGGGCGUGCUGGUGUUAGGGGUGUGUGUUUCUGGGCUGGAGAAUGGGCUGGCCCGCACUCCGCCCAUGGGCUGGCUGGCUUGGCAGCGGUUUAGGUGCAACACAGACUGUGUCAAUGACCCACACAACUGUAUCAGUGAGUCGCUGUUCAUGCAAAUGGCAGACAUCAUAGUGAACCAAGGGUACCGUGACCUGGGGUAUAACAUGGUCUCUCUGGACGACUGCUGGCUUUCAAGAGACCGUGAUGCUCGUGGUAGACUCCAGCCUGACCCUUUUCGCUUUCCAUCAGGCAUUGCUGCCCUUGCUGACUACAUGCACAAGCGUGGGAUGAAGUUUGGCAUUUAUGAGGAUUAUGGAAAUUUCACAUGUGCGGGCUACCCUGGUAUUUUAGGUCACCUACAGACAGAUGCCGAGACAUUUGCAGACUGGGGUGUAGACUAUGUCAAGCUGGACGGCUGUUAUUCACACCCUUCAGAUAUGGACCGAGGCUACCCCCUAUUUGGUUUUUACCUCAACCAGACGUUACGGCCCAUGGUAUACUCCUGCUCGUGGCCAGUCUACCAGACAUAUUCCGGCAUGACGCCAAACUACACGUCUAUUAUUAACACCUGCAACCUCUGGAGAAAUUUUGAUGAUAUUCAAGAUUCUUGGGAGUCUGUACAGCGGAUCAUUGAUUAUUACGGAGACAACCAGGAUGAUAUAGUUCCUAAUGCUGGACCUGGCCACUGGAAUGACCCUGACAUGCUUAUUAUUGGCAAUUUUGGUCUGAGCUAUGAGCAGUGCAAAUCCCAAAUGGGCAUGUGGGCGAUAUUUGCUGCACCUCUACUAAUGUCAGUGGAUCUUCGCACAAUUCGACCUGAAUAUAAGGCUAUCCUUCAAAAUCGAGCUGUCAUUGCUGUUAACCAAGAUCCAUUAGGCAUUCAGGGCAAAAGAAUAUAUAAGGAUAAAGGCAUCGAGAUAUGGGCUCGUCCUAUUACUCCAGUGUUUCAAAGCCACUAUUCCUAUGCUGUUGCCUUUCUCAAUCGUCGUACUGACGGCACACCUUCAGAAGUUUCGGUAACUUUACGGGAACUAGGUCUUAUCUACCCAGGCGGAUAUGCCAUUACUGACCUGUUCGAUGGUGUACAUUAUGGAACUGUUCUGCCAGACAAGCGGUUCAAGGUCGAUGUGAACCCAUCGGGGGUGGUACUGGUCAGAUGUGAACUUGUAAAGUCUACAGGUUUUGGAAAUGUUGGAGGAGGUAGCAGGUCCCAGUUGAAAGAGCAACCUCCACAAAGUGUUUUCAGACACCCAUUUCAGAAUCAAGUCUUCAAUCAGUUUGGACAGCAGAGACUUUUCUAAAUAAGUAUUGUAAUAGGUUUAUUUUUCCUGUACAAAGAAGUUUAUGCUAUUGGCCAAUAUUUAUCAUACCUUUCUUUACAAUGUUAGAAUUUCUAGAUGCUUAGAUAAUGAUAUUUUAUAUAUUGAUACUAAGCUGCAUGAUAAUAAAAACAUUACUAAAUACAUAAUGUAUUUAAAUUUGGGGGUCUCCUGAGGUUGCUGUUGGUUAAAAUAGUAACCACACAGGAAAGAUGAUUUGAUUCAUCCUUUGAUUCUGAUUUUGAAAACAGAGUUUAGAAAUUGUAAUUUAAAAGGCAGUUGCUGCAUAACCUUUGGUUGUAUGUUUUAAUGUUAUAUAAAUUCAACAUUAAAAUCAACUGAUAAUCAUCUUAAA